AUGUCCAACACUGAGAGAACUUUCAUUGCUAUCAAGCCUGACGGCGUUCAAAGAGGCCUGAUCUCGAAGAUCCUGUCUCGUUUCGAGGACAAGGGCUUCAAAUUGGUCGGAAUUAAGCUCGUCACCCCAACUGAAAAUCUCUUGAAACAGCACUAUGCCGAGCAUGUUGACAAGCCUUUCUUCCCAAAGAUGCUAUCCUACAUGAUGUCAGGUCCGAUUCUGGCCACUGUCUGGGAGGGUAAGGACGUCGUGAAGCAGGGAAGAGCCAUCCUAGGCGCUACCAACCCCGUCAACAGUGCUCCUGGCACCAUCCGUGGCGACUUCGCCAUCGAUAUGGGCAGAAACGUCUGCCACGGCAGCGAUUCCGUCGAGAGUGCACAGCGCGAGAUCGAUCUGUGGUUCAAGAAGGAGGAAUUGUGCGAUUGGAAGCUGAACCAGCUUGCCUGGAUCUACGAGUAG